GACAAACAACAAAAAAGCUUUAUGUUUGAUAUUUUCACCUGGCAAAGACGAAUAAAGUUACUCUUCCACCCACAUAGGCUACUGAGGCAGGAUCUGUCGUUUGAAGAGAAACAACUACGCAGUCCAACGCGAAUCCCUUCCGCCAAAACCGACAAAGAGUUCGGUCUAAAUUCCAUGGCUCCCAAAACUCGUAUUUACGAGAAUCUGACUUUCGCGCCGAGAACAGAAAAGGAUGAGAUUGUGUACGAGAACUUAAGGUUUCCGCGGAGAUAUAUCGCUGCCGCUGCUGAGCUCCCGGGGGGCGAUGACGUCACGGACGGCGAUGAAAGCUCAUCUGCAGACUCCGUGACCUCCGAGCCUCCUCACGACUCGGCGGAGAGCACGGUGUGGCUCUCGGACUCCUGGAAGUACAACACGAUCAAGAAGGCUCCGGAUUUUAACAUCUUUGAGUUCUCGGACAUCGAUUUCAAAGAAGAUGGGGAGAGAGAAAAUGAGAAAGAGAAGAAAAGCGGCCAUGGAAAGGAGAGGAAGCCCUUCCGCAGCAGACUCCCCUUGUUUGGCCGUAGAUCGGAAAAAGACAACAGAAGCAGCGUGGAGAGCGCAAUAAAACCCUCUCAGCCGUCGGGUAAGGCAGUAAAGCCUGACAAUAAACGAACGCACAAGCACCCACACGGACCCAAGAGCCCUGCGAAUGUACACAAAAGUAAGAUGCCGAAACCCCCAACAAGGAACUCUUCCGUCGCAGUGGGUGGAGCUCGAAGCAGAGACACGAGCCCCUUCUCGUCGGAUUCGGAGGGCGGCGCGAGCAGAAGUCCUGUCAAGGCCGAGGCUCAGAGGAGCGCGGUCAGCACUCGGCCCGCGGAUCCUCCAUCCGGGCCGGGAUCUCGUAGGACAAGUAUCGCGUCUGACACUUCGUCGUCCUUGUCUCCGCUAGCGUCUCCGAGCCCCUCCUUGCGAUCUCUACAGGAACACCGUCAAGGCCACCAUCCCUCAGCAUCCCCAAGUCCCUCCCUACGAUCUUUACAGGAGCCUGCACGUCAGAGAGGCUCCCCCGGGACACCCCCAAGCCUGUCGUUACGAUCCCUGCAAAAACACCACCAAGGGAGAUCUACGCCGUCGUCUCCGACCUUUUCCUUGCGGUCUCUCCAGGAAGGCCACCAGAGUCGCUCUCCUUCGGCCUCUCCGAGUCCCUCAUUGCGAUCUCUUCCAGAAGGCCAAGGAACCGCGACCAAGGACCGUCGUCAGCGAUCGUCUCCGGCCGGCAUCCACGCCGUUGGCGAAUCUUACCCCAGAACUCAAGAUAGAAAUUCGUACAUGAAGUCAUUCACUUCCAACAGACAUGAUCGAACAGACGCCCGACGUGGGGAAUCACUGGAAAGAUUACCUCGCCUUGGGAAAAAGUCUGUUGGCGCUGCAGGCGCUGCCUCUCCCGGAAGAGGACCUCGCCGUCAGCCCAUCCUGGAAAGCGAUGAAGACCACCAACAGACUUCUCCUAACCGCUUCGACCUUGACGACGGAGCUCACAGUCCGCAACAUACACUUUCUCGCACUACCGACACGGAGCGGGUUCUCUGUGACUCCGGGGGCCCACGCAGCUCUUCUAGACAUGUGUCUAGGCACGACAUGAGGAGAAGAAGCCUCCAGGCCGGAGCACUGAUGCCGUCACUCCAGCACACGGCCUGGAAUCCGCAAGAACGCCCAGGAGAGCGAAGCAUCCUACAGGAUCCCAUCUCACUCAAGAAGGAUAAGCCGCCUCUUACAGCAGCCUCCUGUGACGUCACGAGCAGUCAGCAAAGCUCUUUCAGACAAUGUCCUUCGCCUUGGUUUCGGGACGCAGGUGCGCUUCUGUCGGGUCACUUGUUUGGAGAAUUUUCAAUAUCACUUUUUUCUGGCUCUUUGGUUCACUCUGCCAAUUUGUAGGGUUUUUUUUCUCAC